CCAAUGCUCCUGAUGCUGCUCCUGGUGUGGGAGGUGUCUGAGCUCCCGGACUGUUUCCGGGGUUAGCUCUGGCCUGGGGGUUGGGGAGCCCCGGAACAGAAUGGCGGAGUUGGCUGCAGAUGUGACCGAGCAGCGGAGCCGGGAGAAGCUGUCGCUGUGGGAUCGCGGCCCGGAGCCCAGCGCCCCGCUCACCGACACCCAGCGGCACAGCGUGGCCGAGCUCCGGGCCGCCGCCGACAACGCGCCCUUACCGGCCGAGCUGCCAAUUGAGGACCUUUGCAGCCUGGCAUCGAGAUCCAUCACUGUACCUCUUACAACUGCAGUUCCUGAAUCUACUGAGGAUAUUCUUCUCAAAGGCUUUACUGCCUUAGACAUGGAAAAUGAGAAAAUUGAAACUGCUCAGCAGUUCUAUUCGUGGUUCUCCAAGAUACAGACACAGAUGGAUCAAGAUGAAGGAACAAAAUACAGAGAAAUGAGGGAUUAUCUGUAUGGCUUUCAGGAGCAGUGCGAUGCAAUACUGAAUGAUGUCAACACAGCCUUGCUACACUUGGAAUCUUUGCAGAAGCAAUAUCUUUUUGUAUCCACCAAGACAGGCACACUACAUGAGGCUUGUGAGCAACUCCUGCGGGAACAGUCGGAACUGGUUGACCUCGCUGAGAGUAUUCAGCAGAAGCUUUCAUAUUUCAAUGAGUUAGAAAACAUAAACACGAAACUGAAUUCACCCACGUUAUCUGUGAACAGUGAAGGAUUUAUACCGACGUUGGCCAAGUUGGAUGACUGUAUAACCUAUGUGUCAUCACAUCCUGGAUUUAGAGAUUAUCCUGUUUAUUUAGCAAAGUUUAAGCAAUGCCUAUCCAAAGCUAUGCACCUUAUGAAGACCUACACUGUGAACACACUUCAGAACCUCUCCACUCAGUUAACAAAAAGGGACCCCUCGGUUAUAUCCAACACCGAUAAUGCCUUUACAUUAUUUUAUGUGAAGUUCAGAGCUGCAGCUCCUAAAGUGCGGUCUCUAAUUGAACAGAUAGAGCAAAGAACUGAAAAAAGCUCUGAGUAUCAGCAGCUACUGAGCGAGAUCCAUCAAUGCUACCUGGAUCAGAGGGGCCUUCUACUCGGUCCAAGCAUCGCCUCCACUAUUGCUGACCUGACCAGCCAAAAUAACAGGGAUCAUUGUGCUCUGGUCCGCAGUGGUUGUGCUUUUCUGGUUCACGUGUGUCAGGAUGAACACCGGCUAUACAAUGAAUUUUUUACAAAACCAACACCCAAACUAGAUGAGCUGUUGGAGAAACUGUGCCUCUCGUGGUACGAUGUGUUUCGACCUCUCAUUAUCCACAUCAACCACCUGGAGACGUUGUCGGAGCUGUGUGGAAUUCUGAAAAAUGAGAUGCUGGAGGACCAUGUGCAGAACAAUGUGGAGCAGCUGGGUGCCUUUUCGGCAGUGGCAAAGCAGAUGCUGGAAGAUGUACAAGAGCGUCUAGUCUAUAGGACACACAUCUAUAUUCAGACUGAUAUUGUGGGCUACAAACCUGCACCUGGGGACCUGGCAUACCCUGAUAAAUUGGAAAUGAUGGAGCAAAUUGCACAGAGCUUGAAGGAUGAGCAAAAAAAGUUGUCUGCGGUGGAUUCUUCUUUUGCAGAGGUUCAACUAGCAGAUCCUGAUUCUAAAAAUGUCAUCAAAUCAGGUAACUCAGAAGUUCUGAAUCCUCGACCGCAAUCAACAAUUUCCCCAGCAGAUUUGCAUGGCAUGUGGUACCCAACAGUGCGCAGAACUCUAGUUUGUCUCUCAAAGCUUUACAGAUGCAUAGACCGGGCAGUGUUUCAGGGCCUGUCGCAGGAAGCCUUGUCUGCUUGUAUCCACUCGUUGCUUGGGGCUGCUGAUUCGAUCAUUAAAAACAAGACUCAGAUGGAUGGACAGCUCUUCCUUAUCAAGCAUCUCUUGAUCCUUCGGGAACAGAUUGCUCCUUUCCACACUGACUUUGCCAUUAAGGAGAUUUCCCUGGACCUUAAAAAGACUAGAGAAGCAGCAUUUAAAAUGCUAAACCCUAGAUCUGUCCCCAGGCUAUUCAGGCUGAGCAGCAACAAUUCCAUCCUUGAAUUCCUGCUUGAGGGGUCUCCAGAGAUCAAGGAACAUUAUAUAGACUCGAAGAAGGAAGUAGACCGUAAUUUGAAGUCUGCUUGCGAAAAGUUCAUUCAGCACCAAACCAAACUCUUUGUGGGACACCUGGAAGAGUUUAUGACCAAAGUAUCGACAUUAAAAACCAUGGGUCACCAGGGAGGGCCAAAAUAUAGUCUAGCACAGCAGCCGUGGGCACAACCAGCAAAAAUCAAUGAUGUUGUGGCUUCCACGUAUAAAACAAUUAAAGUUCAAUUGCCCAUGACCUUGAGAAGUCUGACCCUGUAUUUGUCCAACAAGGAUACGGAAUUCAUCCUGUUUAAACCCGUGCGGAGUAACAUCCAACAGACAUUCCAGAAGCUGCAUGGAGUAUUGCAGGAGGAUUUCAGUGGUGAGGACUUGCAGAUUAUAGCUUGCCCCUCCAUGGACCAGAUAAACCUGUUAUUGUCUGCUCCAAAUUAGAAUCACUGUCACACAGUCGGGAGAAAAAACGGGGACAUGUCUGACAACUUAAAACUGGACAUCAACUAGUCUAGGGAAAAGCACUGAGCGAGUUGGAAGGUAUUUGGAAUGAAAUUCUUGGCUGAAGGGAGUUUCAAAGAAUACUUACUCUAAUAUGUAGCCACUGCAGAACACCACUGCCCAAAAGCAAUGGCUGUUUGAUGGAAGAAUUUGACAUAACACCAUUUACCUGUUCAUCACCUCAAAGCUACAGUCUGGUCUUAAACUGAGAGCCCACCUGUUUGCAAUUUCAGGUAAAAAGUGACCUGACCUAUUGUCAGUUCUGAAAUGUCUGACUAGCCUACCAAAGACACGUGCUUCAUCACUAAAGAGGCUGGAAUUACCUGAAGUGGUUGAUCAUUUCACAAAAGCCAGAGGGAUUUUUUUUUUUGCCCAUGUAUGUGUAUUUGUAUAUUUUCUUUACUCGGUAUGGGAUUGUACAUUAAACUGAAGAACCGUGAUUGAAAUUGGUACAAAAAUGGUGAUGGUUGCAAAAGUUAAGUAAAUGAACGUUGAUGUGAUAUUAAAGGGAGUAUUGAAGUGUCUUGUACUGGAGCACAGUUUAGAGUGGCUCCCCUUUUAUUCUUUGCGUUAGUAUUGUGUAAACCACAGUGUCAGCUGUUUUUUUAACCCCCAUAUUUUGCUUGACAAGCUAAGGGAUGUUAAUGUUAGGAAAUGGAACUCUUCCCACUUCAGGUACCCAGUAUUAGUAUUGAGGUAUAGCACAGUUAGGUGUAGUGUCAAUCUCUCUCUACUCUGCCACAGUACCAUGGCUCAGCUCCAAACCACCUCAACCACAGAGGCAGUCCUCUACUCUGUGACCCUUUCCAUUGCCCAGCUUUUUGAGUGUCAUUGCCAGUUAAUGCUGGAUUAACAAUCAGAUCGAGACUGUACAAAUUCGUGUCACUUAAGAGCCAUAAUAAAGAGGAGCCUCAUCAGUCUGGGCUGGAGUUAAGUCCAGGUCCAGAAGUGAAAGACUAUUGUCUCAACAUGCUGCAAGUUCCCUAUCAACAGUUUUCUCCAUAGUGCUGCAGAGGUUGUAUUGAGAUGAGGUGGAGGCAGUGAGAUUUCCCAGGGUUUAUACUUAAAAGCUGCCUUGGCACAGCCCAUGCGUUGGUUAGUGAUGAAUUACCAAGCCAGUGCUGGACUGGGAUUCUUCUGUUCUUGUACAUUAUGCUGUAGCUGUUUUGCACCUGUUCAGUGCAAACUAAUUUUGCUUUGUCGCCCAGCCUGGAACCACCUUCGUUCAAUAAGGGAACUGCAGUGUGCUUAGGUAUCUGUGCACUAUCCCAUCCGCCUGAUUACUGAAGCAUAUCCAAUACAAAUCACAGUUACAAAUACAAGUUGUAGCUGUUAUGAAGAUUGGUUCAUAGAUAACUCACUGUAGGAGUUUUCCUUAGUCAUGAAUUGUAUAUAAAUUACACUUCCAGACACAAGCAUUUGUAUUGUAAAUAAACAACUGAAGCAACCCUAGGUUCUCAGGUUUCAAACUUCAUAAAAUUGUACUUUGAAGAUCCCUUGAUAAAUGUUUCAACGUUAUCUGAUUUAACUUAACUAAAAUAAAACAGACUGUUAAGUGAAGAUGGGUUAAUUGGAAUAAGGUCCCUUUUCAUUGAUGAAUCAAUUGCAUGUCCCUUAUCACUACUGUAAAUUAUGUUGUAAAUUGUCUGAGGAUUUUAUUGCACUGCGAUAAAGCUUGAUUUAAUAAACACAUGACAAAGAUUAAUCCCAUAUAGUAAUCCUGAAAUAAAAGCAUCAAAUUAAUUUGCUGUUUGGUCACUGAUAACAGUGAAAGCUUCAUUUAUCCCAUUUCUCCAUGUGCUUUAAACCUUGAGCUCCAAUGUUAAUUGGGCCAGUAAUUAGUACAAAUGUAUGAAGAGCCAUUCAUCAGUCUUUCACUAUUGUAUUUCUUGCACGGACAAAUGAUUGUCAUCUGAUUAACUUGAUUGGAAAUGAUAAAAUGGUGUGUGUUUGUAUUGGGGUGGGGUGGGAACACAGUUGGGAAUCAGCUUCAGUGAAAUUCAAGUUCUUUGGAAUUGAAGAGUCUGUUUUCAGUUGGUUUUGUGAUAAAGUAUUUCUCCAUGCAACUCCCCAUUUCCUCAGUGGGUAAUUCUGUGUGACCAUCAGAGACCAGGGAAGUCCAAAGUCUCUGUUCUGUGCUGAGCUAGCUAAUCUAAGGUACGGCAGUCAAUGAGUAGAAUGCCGAGCUUUCCCCUUCCUCUGGCGUGUGUGUGGAGGACCAUAGCCCUAUGUCAACAUGAGUUACUCCUGUAGUGGGGAGUUUAAAACGUCCGUAACUGCUUUAGAUGCAGCAGUGACCUAUUCCACAUGUCGUCCAGUAGGGAGCGGGAUUCUGUGGGGUUGAAAUCUACAUGUUUUGCUUUAGUGAUGUGUCCAGAAAAUUUAAGUUCUGUUAACACCUGUUCUAACAAAUGAAUUUGUGUUAAAACAGCUUGCAUUGAAACACAUUGUGUAACAUGAAUGUAUAUGUUGUGAAAUAACAAUGAUUUUCUCUACAAAAUAAUAAGGGGGAAAUGCACGAUGUACAUAGUUGGUUUCCUUAUAUGGAAUGAAAUGACAUUUUACUACAGUGUAUAUAAUUGGGUAGGGGUGUGGCAGUACAGUUACUAUAAAAGGUAUAUUUGCAUUUUAUACUUUAGAACUUUUUUUUAAGUUUGUCUCCUAGUUGAUGCUUUCAGUGGUCUAUUCCAGAGACGAUUAGAGACAGCUAAUACAAGGACCCAAUUUACUGAUUCUGAUUACAUUAUUUUUGUUUGCUGACAUGUUUUAAAGGGUUUACAUAUGUAAAUUGUAUGUACAUAAUGAGAUUAAUAAUAUAAACUUGCUUUCCCCACCCGUUCUCGAUGCAAUCUAAUAGUUUUAAUAAAAUGUUUUCAAGGAA